AUGUUCACUGCUUGGUUUGAGGCUAACAAGAAUUUUGAUUCAGCGAAGCAGUUGCCAUACAUUGACAUGCCAACAAAGUUUGUUUGGAAGAAGGAUAUCAGAGAGUGGCAUCCCAGGCAGAGGGGGUUCUCAAUUGGAAGAAUUUUUUAUGUACCUCCAGGAAGUGGUGAAAUAUACUACUUGAGAUGUCUUCUAAAUGUAGUUCGAGGGCCGACUAAUUUUGAGGACAUCAAGUCAUAUAAGGGUGUCAUAUACCCCACUUUUCGAGAUGCAUGUUACGCUAGAGGUUUGUUAGAUGAUGAUAAAGAAUACAUUGACGCCAUUGUCGAAGCAAGCCAGUGGUCUACUACUCAGUCAAUGAGGAAAUUGUUUGUCAUAUUACUUACUUCGAACUUGGUGAAUCGCCCGGAAAAUGUGUGGAAUGUAGUGUGGCAACAUCUAGCAGAAGAUGUACAAUUUAACAAGCGCAAAGUGUUGCAACAAGAAGAUUUGUGUUUGUCCGAUGACGAGAAGAAGAAUUUGUCCUUGAUUGAAAUAGAGCGUUUGUUACAGUCCUACAACAAGUCAUUGAAAAAUUACCCGAAUAUGCCACUUCCAAACUUCGAUGAUGCUGUCCGUUGUGAUAACCGUCUGUUGUGGGAUGAACUUGAUUACGAUCAUGACGCAUUAUUAAAGGAGAGUCAAACAAUGGAGAGGCAAUUGACGGAUGAGCAAAAAGUUGUGUACAAAACUGUAGUAAAUGAUGUAGACCACCAAAAGGGGGGGUUGUACUUUGUCUACGGGUAUGGUGGAACUGGGAAAACAUUUGUUUGGAGAGCGUUGUCUGCAAAAAUUCGCUCGAGAGGGGAUAUUGUCAUAAACGUAGCAUCGAGUGGAAUCGCAUCUUUACUGCUCCCUGGCGGCCGAACAGCACACUCGAGGUUUGCCAUACCUAUUACAGUCACGGAGGAUUCAACCUGCAACAUCACCCAAUGUAGUAACUUGGCCGAACUCAUUAUACAGUGCAAACUAAUAAUAUGGGAUGAAGCACCGAUGAUGUACAAGCAUUGCUUCAAGGCACUGGAUAGGACAUUGCGGGAUCUACUUCGGUUCACUGAUCAGAAUGCUGGAAACCGAACUUUUGGAGGCAAGACCGUAGUACUCGGUGGUGAUUUCAGACAAAUACUGCCAGUGAUCCCUAAAGGUUCAAGGCAAGACAUUGUUUCAGCUUCAAUCAACUCUUCGUACCUUUGGGAUUCAUGUCAAGUGCUAAGGUUAACAAAGAAUCUAAGACUUUCAAACAAAGAAUCAACAGUUGAUCUCAAAACAGUUCAAGAAUUUGCAUAG